UUAAACAGCAGCCACUGCACUGACACACAUGCACCUCAUCAAAGAAGCCUCGAGCAGGUGAAAGGAAGAAAAAAUGGCAGAAAACCGCGUGAUAUAUCAUUUUCAUCUCUCUCACUUAUUUUAUUCUGUGAUGGAAUAUAAUGAUGAUUGCAAUGAUGAUGACAACGAUGAGGAUGUCGUUGAUGACGAUCGUCGUAUAUUUUAAAGCGCUCCUGGAUGAAGAUGAAGAUGAUGGUGUUGAUGAUUAUGAUGACGACGACGACGACGACGAUGAUGAUGAUGAUGAUGAUGAUGAUGAUGAUGAUGAUGAUGAUGAUGAUGAUGAUGAUGAUGAUGACGAUGACGACGAGAACGACGACCAUGAGUACCAUGAUGACAAUGACGAUGACGAUUCCCGUGAUGUUGAUGAAAUCUGAUGGAUGAUGGCGGCGACUCGCAUCAUGCAUGAUAAUUCACAAUGGGAUGAUGACACACACAUAUAUAUGACGGAUCAAUGUUCAAUGUC